AUGGCCGUGCGCAGGCUGCUAUGGGCAGCGCCCCCUGGCGGGAGCCCGGUCCCCGGCGCCUGUGGCGGCGCGGCGCCCGCUGGCGGGGGCCCGAUCCCCGGCGCCUGUGGCGGCGCAGCGCCCUGGCGGAGCCCGGUCCCCGGCGCCUGUGGCGGCGCAGCGCCCCGGCGGGAGCCCGAUCCGGCCGUGGCGGCGCAGCGCCCCCUGGCGGGAGCCCGGUCCCCGGCGCCUGUGGCGGCGCAGCGCCCCCUGGCGGGAGCCCGCUCCCCGGCGCCUGUGGCGGCGCAGCGCCCUCUGGCGGGAGCCCGGGCCGCCGGGGCCCAGCCGGGGUGGGACCGAGGGCGGGGACCCGGCAGGCCCAGCACCGCCCCGGACCCGGUUGCCUGGCAGCCGCCGCCGCAUUGUGAGGCCGGGCCCCGGGGGCUGCAGCUGAGGCUGCCCUGGGCAGAGCCAGCCCCGGCCCGGCCCGGCGCCAUGUCCGCCUGCCACUGGGAGGCCCGGCGCAGGCAGAUGAUGCUGGAGCGCAGGGGGCGGAACCAGCUCCUCCAGAAGAAGGCGGAAGAAGCCGCCAAGGCGGCGCCGGAGCAGAGGCCUGAAAUCAGCCCCCCCCAGCAGCAGCCCCAGGGCCCCCCCCGGCCAGAAGUCACCUGCUCCUGCCAGUGCUGCCCAUGCCAGUGUCAUUACGUGAUGAUAAGCAGCGCAAAACUGCCACGUAGAUUCUCAGCUGUGCAAUACAUACAACAAUGGUAAUGACUGAGUAACCAGCAGCGCAGGAAUGACUCCUCACCUUGUAACAUGCCUUUAAGCACCAAGGAGAUCCAGACAAGUGCAGCUGAAUCCAACACGAUAACGAAGCCAUCAGCAUGAAGAACACAUAGGCCCUGCCGGCCACUUCCCAUUAGGGGCUGUAACCCUUCAUGUGUAAUAAACUCUCCACACCCACAGAA